GGUGAAGGAAACGAGUGAGGGGAAGUAGAUGUUUCCUCAUUUUCUCUGCCAGUAAAUGACAGGUGUGCCUGGUGGAGGUGUUGUCGAACCAUAGUGUGGCUGCUGAAGAUCCCAGUGUGACUGGUUGGGAUACUGCUUGGUGUGUUUCUUGCAGUGUUGUCUUUAUUCUGCAUUGAUUUUGGAGCAGACCACAGCAGGCGUCAUGGGACACCGCAAGAAUUAUGGUAGGAACUAUUUCCUUACCCAGAGCAUCCAAAGCCAUAGGAACAUGUCCAAUGGACUCGGGGCAUCGCCACCAAGCCCAUCUCUCAGACCUCUCAGCCACUCCAGUCCAGUGCGUCAGUCAAGUACUAGAGCUCCUCGCAGAUCACUGUGGGGAAAUGGAGGCAACAACUGCAGUAGAAAUGAAGAAAGACCAACAGUUUGUGGCCGAAACAAGCAUUAUAAAUGGCCUGGGAACUUUGGUAAUAGCAUGAAGAGCCUUAAUUGCUUAAGCCUUAGUAGCAAUGGUGUUAAGAGCAUUAGUAGUGAUUCUGGAAGUAUCAGCAGUCCCAAUGAAGGUAGCUGCAAGGAUAGCAGCAUUGGUAGCAGCAAGAAAGUUUCGACACCACGCCUCUCUAACCCACUGCGUUACAAGACUGAACUCUGUAGAAGUUUUGAAGAGAGUGGAGACUGUCGGUUUGGAGAAGCUUGCACAUUUGCCCAUGGACUUCGUGAGCUUCGUGCUGUUCUGCGGCACCCAAGAUACAAGACGGACCUGUGUCGCACUUACCAUGGUGCAGGUUACUGUCAGUAUGGUGCUCGGUGCCAUUUCGUUCAUGAUCCAGAAGAAGCUACUGGAGUUGCUGCUUUGAGAGGAUACAAGCUACGUUCCCAGCUAGGUGGACUCGGUAGGACUGUAUCAUCAGUGUCAGAAAGGCCUGUAAAUGCUGAUAAUUUAAUUGCACGUAACUUGCAACGCUUGCAUGCAUAUAGAACAGCAGAAGAAAGAUUGUCUUUUUUAAAUUCUUCAGACUAUGGUAAUGAACAGCUCAAUUCCAUUGGGAGUCUUUCUCCAGAUUUUCUGUCUUUGAACAUGUUGACCAUUGGCCAAAAUAGUCUGUCUGGUUUAACAUCAGAGUCACAUCUCCAGGAUAAUUUUUUUGGAACCUCUGAUGAUCUCGCCGAGUCUCUUUCAAUAAAUUAUAUGAACAUGAAAGCUCCUAAUAAGGAAGGAACUGAAGUAGGGAGGUAUACACUUCCAUGCAAUGGUAAAUGGUUUGAUGCUAACUCUGAAAUCCCUACUCUGUGUGCUCUUACCUACUUGGAUGCCCAGCACUCUCCUUCCAGAGGAGGAGAUAUUUGGCGGCUUGGUGAAGCAUCCACCCAAACCAAGACAAUUAUUGGAAAUCCCAUGGAGGUGUCUCGCAGCCUGCAGAUACCAAGUAUUACAGAGCUGAUUCACAUGCCUUGAAGAUAGUAGUUAGGUUUCAUGUGUGAAUGUUAUUUGAAUUUUUAUGAAAUUAUAGGAGUGGACUUGAAGUAGAAUUAAUGACUAUCCCAGGAAGGUUAUGAAGAUAUUUAAUAAUGAAAGAUUUUAGUUAUUUUAGGUUUGGAAAGUCAUAAUGAUUUUGUUUGUAAUGGAUUUUAAGUAAAACAUGAUCUUUAAUUUUCAGAGUAUAUAUAAUUAAUAUAGUGGUAAUUAUAAUUUGUGACAAUCUCCUGUGGAGAGAAUCCAAAUGUGGAGUAGGAUACAUAGCCAAAGUAUUUUAAUUUACAGGUCUUCGGUGUACCAUUUUUAAGUUAUAAACUUUUAGUAGGGAUUUUAAUUUUUAUUUGACAAGCUAAGUAAAGCAUAUAUAAACCUACUUGUUCUUUACAUCUCAUCUUAUGAUGCAAAUAUACAUAAAUUGAUAAUUAUAAUAGUUAAUGCUGGUAAUCUUUGUCAAAAAUAAAUACAUUUUUAAGAUAGAAUUUUAGAGAGAAAUGUCAGUAUUGGUAACAUUUUUGCCAUAAUUUUUAUUUCCAGCUGUAUGGUCUUGUAUUACAGUUGAGGAACAAUGUUUUGUUCACUGUCGUCAGCAUUAUUAGAAUUAUUGUGUGUAAGAUCUAUCUAAUCAAAGUAUUAUGUUUAUUAUCUAAUAAAAAAAAAAAAUUACUAAAAAGUUUCUUGUUUUUCAAGCUUAAUAUAAUAUCACCGUAAA